AAUACGAGCUCUUAAUCAACUUCCUAGACCAAGAUAUAAACAUCAGAAAUUUGACUUUUAUUCAAGUAUCGUUUUAGGCUAUUUUUAGGGCUUUUACCAAAAACUCUAUAACUUUUUAACGAAGUAAAUCUGAACGAAAAUAUUUUGAGAAUCUUUCUAUACAUGUUGCCUCUACCUACGGUGAAAUUCUGAGCCCAAAACUCUAACAUCGAUUGAGCAACUAUCGCUGUCUCACUGGUGCAGUGACUCUUAAAUAUAUCGUCUGUUUCAAUUAGAAAACUGAGAGAGGAGUUCAGACAGAGGGCUCUAUGCACUGCUUUAUGAUCACAACGAAAUUUUCUUAAAGCUGAAAUUACAGUGAUAGUAGCUUGCAGACAAAACAGUUCGGCAAGCUUGCAGAAGAUUUCAUGAACAUGGUGCACCGAAACAGCAACCAUCACAAUCUUCGCAACAACCUACCACAGCAUCCGGUCAACCACACCUUUGUCGAUCGGAUCGUAACAAAAAUACAGAUAAAGUUGAUUACUUCCCAAAGGACACUAUCGCGGAAGAAGAAGAAGAUGAAAACAACACAAUUCCAAUUGAAAAUAAAAAAAUAAAAUCAGCGCUCCAAAAACAUGAAUUCGAAACAAAACACAGAAUUGAUUGGGAAUGUUGGAAAAUCGUCUCAAAAGAUUCACACAAAUAUCGUCUUCUCGUUCGUGAAUCAUUACAAAUUCAAAAAUUAAACCCAAGCCUUAAUCGAACAAUCGCCUCCGUUCCUCUCAUCGUUUAUCCUGAAGGGCUCCAAGCAACAAAACCAACAAUGAAAAUGAAACCGGUCACUCUUUAA